AUGCGUAGGCCACUGAAGAAGGGGAAGAAGGCGUGCACUGAGUGCCGCCAGCAAAAGGCUAAAUGCGAUGUUUAUCUGAAUCCCGAUGAGCCAUGUACACGGUGUCGCAAGGUCAAUGCGAGCUGUGUCAUCUCAGACCCCUUCAGGCGAGAGCACAAACGCAAACGAAUGUCGGAGUUACAGCAGGAAUCUGAAGAUCUCCGCCGUAAGCUCCGGGCCUCGCACCCAGCGGACCCGCACCCAUCACCCAUUGCCCUGCUAACAGCCGCGGCGGAGAUGGCUCCAAGAUCCGAGCCAAACAGUGAUUCUAUGUCAGGUACCCCAAAUAUUCCGCCGCCAUCAUAUCCACCGCAGCUCCUUGCGCCUAAUGGCUUGGGAAUAUCCCCGUCCACUCCGGCACCGGCACCGGCAUUGGAAGGGGACACAACCCGGUCUCGGAGUCUACAUGGGGUGGAAGUCAGGGGGGAUGAAAUUGACGAUUUGUUUCAUAUCUUCUUCCGCCACUACGCCCAAUUCCUACCCAUUCUCGACCCACAAUCCAGACCAGACACAUACUAUACACAAUCCCCCUUCCUCUUCUGGUGCAUAGUUGGCGUAUCAUGUCGGGCCUACGCGCGGAAUCCCACGCUGCUAAUGGCGCUGGCUCGAAGUGUCAUAGAGAUGGCCUUCUUGUCUGCCUUAUCGACCUCGCCGCCAUGGCAUACUAUCCAGGGCCUCUUGCUCUUGCUAACCUGGCCAUUUCCAAAAGGUGAACAUCCAGAUGUGACAUUUCCGCUCAGUGGGAUGCUGUUACAUAUUGCCAUGCAGAAUGGCUUGCACAUACCGAUGUCCAGUCAUGAGUUUUCACGUGUUAAGAUGCCCGCACCGUGUGAGGCGGAUCUAGUUCGGAGAUCGGAGCUGUGGGCGCAUACUGUCAUUGUGUACCAAAGAGUAUGCAUGACAAAGGGACAAUUACCACGAGCGUUGGUCAGCCUCUCCCAAGAUCCCGCUCAACGCCAAAACCUAUUCGAUACAAUCGCGCCUUGGAUGGUACUUAAGCUUCGUUGCCAAGAGCUCAUUGCACGAUGCAGUGAGGCAGUACUGGAAAAUGGGAUGCGCUCUAUGUCAUUAGACCAGGAACGUGCGUUAGACAUCCUUCUCCGCACCUACGAAGGACAAGUAGAUGAACUAGAACUUCAAGCUGUGACUGACGAAGAGAGAUUCGAUACUGGACUUUGCCGGUUAGCAAUCCAGACCUUCCACCUUUAUAAAAUCCAGACGCUGGUUUCAAGCGCUUUCUACCCACGGCUUCUUGUUACCGCGUGCAGUUUGAUCGACUACGUCCAGUCCCUUGCAGAUCGGCUUGGUUGCUUGGCGAUGUGCCCAGUCCAGAUGGGCUUUGCGAUUCUCUUGGCCUCGACGUCUCUUCUUCGGAUUCUCAAAAGUAACACGGCCUCGCACGGCCUAGAAACCACGCGCGCACGAGCAGCAGUUUUUACAGCCAUCAACAUGGCCAAGCAGAUGACGGUGGAUAGCGCAGACAUGGCUGCGAAGACCGUGACCAUACUGAACUCUGUAUGGAAUAGCACCAGGGCUUUCCGGAAAGCCGACGGCGGCGAGUACACGGCUCUGCGGAUUCGCAGCCGACUAGUGCUUAGUCCAAUCCUUGACACAGUAUGGUGGUGGCGAGACGAGUUCGAUCCCCCGUCGCGGACAAUGCGAUCGAUCAUAGAACCCUCAGACGGUAAGGUCUUUAUGCGCUCACGUUACCAUGUCGCAACUGAUGCAGGCGCAGGGGCAGCGGUAGACGCCAAUCGCGAUUUUGCUGGUUGUAUGGCGCCGUCUUCAGGCAUGCUGGAUCAAAACAACGCUUUUCAUCUUGACGAGCAAUUUCUAGCUGAUUUCGAAUGGGCUCUUGGCGACGAUGCGCUGUUCUCGUUGGACCCACUGCCUGCAAAUUGGGCCCCCGCGAGUAAUCUACUGUGA